AUGUUUAUGGUGAGGCAAGCUCCUCCUCUUCCUCUUCCUGGCGGAGCUUUAUCUAUAGAGAGAUGUGCCCUUAACUCUGCCCUUCAAUUCAUCCACCAAAACCCACAACCCCUAUUGUCCAACCGCAGACCUCCCAAAUUCCAAUCCACAAACACCUCUCGCACGACAAAGAGGCGUUGCCCCAAGCCUCUCACCGUCGCUAAUGCCAAAGCCAGUGGUGGUCCUACUGCUCCUACCAGAUAUAACCCCAUAACUUCUAAUAACGCCGAUGAUGCGGUAUCUGUUGUUGGUGAAGAGAGCGUCCCUCUCGAAGGUGUUAUUCAGUUCGAAAAACCCAAUUCCUCUAACCUUCUCAACAAAUGGGGUCGUGUGGCUUUACUUGCUGGUGGGGAUGUACUGGCUUUGCUUUUGUUCUCUGCUUUCGGAAGGUUCAGUCAUGGGUUCUCUGUUUUUGAUACCGAAACCUUACGCACCGCUGACCCUUUUAUUGCUGGAUGGUUUCUGAGUGCUUACUUCCUCGGUGGUUACGGGGAGGAUGGCCGAGGAAUGAAUGGUCAGUCCAGUGCUGUUAUUGCUGCUGCCAAAUCAUGGUCUUUGGGUAUUCCU